UGAAACGCCAUUUUGUAUUACAUAUCACACAUAAAGUUUGUUCAGCAAAGAAUUGAAUCAUCAACUUUAGAAAUAUAAUGCCUAACACUGGAAAAAAGUUGAGUGAGCUGCGUGUUUGUGAUUUAAAAGAAGAGUUAGAAAAAAGAAAUUUGGACACAGUUGGGGCCAAGGCAUCGUUAGUUGAAAGGCUCGAGAAGUCUAUCAAAAGUGAGGGUUUAGAUCCGGGUAAAUACCUUUUUAUGUCCAAUACCAAGGCUACCCCAAAGAAGAUUAUGGAUGUAAAGAAAAUUGAUGCGAAGCCUGUUGAGCCAAUAAAAAUUAAGCAGGAACCUAUUGAUGAGGAAGAGCAUGCUGGAGAAAAUGAUGACUAUGAUGAAGAUGAACAAUUCGAAGAGGAGGGAGACGAUCAAGUCGACCAAGUGGGCGAUGUAGAUGAUGAAUGUGUAAUAAUCGACGAUGGUGAAGCGACUGAAAAUAAUGAUGAAGGAGAUGGGGAAGAAAAUUUUAAUGAUGACCCUGAAGGUGAAGAGGAAAAUGCCGGGGAAUCUAAUGAAGAAUCUAUAAAUUUGACAAUCGGAGAAGAGGAACAAAAACUACUUCAUGAUGAGGCACCUGAUGACAAGGAAAAAAGCACCGACGCUGAAGGUACUACUUCCGGAAAUAGUUCAACGCAAAAGAACAGCAAAAGUGUAGCAGCUACGAGAGAGCCGCGGGUGUCUAAGGGUGGAUCCAGCAACAGCAAGGACGAACGUAAAAAUACCAAGUCGGAGGACGAGAAAUCAAAGAGAAAAGAUGAAAAGUCCAGCGACAAAAAGGGGAAAGACGAUAGUGAACAUAAAUCAUCUUCAAACAAAACAUCACAAAAGGAUGACAAAGAGAAGUCCUCAGCCAAUACCUCGGCGAAAUCGUCGGCAGCAGCCAAGCAAACAACACCGUCUCGCAACUUAUGGGUGUCCGGCUUGUCUUCGUUGACACGAGCUAGUGAUCUAAAAACUAUAUUUUCCAAGUUUGGAAAGGUAAUCGGCGCUAAAGUUGUUACCAACACCCGUACUCCAGGCACCCGUUGUUAUGGCUACGUAACAAUGUCGUCAUCAUCCGAUGCCAGUCGCUGCAUUGAACAUUUGCAUCACACCGAACUCCAUGGACGGAUAAUAUCUGUAGAACGCACCAAGAACGAAAUUGGCAGUAGCUCAACAGCUACAUCGAAAUCUCGUUCAGAUAGCACCAAAAAGGAAGAUGAUAAGAAGGCGCAUGACACAAAUUCGAAGGCAAGAGAUGACAGACGCAAGACUGCUGAUACCAUCAAGAAGGAAGAUUCAUCAAAAAAGGUUGAGGUUGACAAGGAUAAGCAGCGUGACAAAGAUAAGGAGAAGGAUCACAGCCAAAAGGACGACAAGGACAAGGAGAAAGAUAAAGCCAAAGACAAAGACAAAGUUAAGGAGAAGAGUGUGGCCAGCAACCGCGAGAAGCGUGAUAUUUCGAAAGAAGGCCCCAAAGAUCGAAAUAUUCGGCAGCUUUCUAAUCGCAGCCGCUCCAACGACCGCAUUCGCAAUGACCGAAAUGUUCGAGACCAGCGACAGAGGGAACGUGAACGUGAGCAGCGCCUAAGGCAGCGAGAAUACAUAAAGUUACGCGAGGAACGUGAGCGACAGCGUUUACGUGAGCGUGAACGCGAACUGCGUGAAGAAGAGCGUCGUCGGCGUGAGAUUCGCGAACGCCAGCGUCAAGAAGAAGCACGUCUAGCAGAGGAGCGGCGCAAGCUCGCACAGGAACGGGAACGUUUGGAGAAGGAGAAAGCUGAGUUGCUGCGUUUAGAGCGCGAACGACAGAAACUCGAGCGGGAGAAAAUCGAAUUGGAGCGACUCGAGUUAAAACGCCAACAAAUGAAGAUUAUGCACGCCCGAGAGGACCCGAUUAAGCGGCUUGCCAAAAGGUCUAGCAACGAACGAUACACCGACGUGUCCGAUCGGAAACGCUCUUCAGGAAGUGAUUCUCGUUUUGAGGCCCCUCCUCCACCACGCUUUGACGCCAGUCUCGUGACAUCUUCAAGGAGCUAUGAUAAAAAGCGAGAUGAUUAUACCAGUUCAUCAACGAGUAAGCGUGGCAUUGAUGAGUACUCAUCUUCGUCCAAACGCAUGGAUUACCCAAGCUCCGGCACGAAACGCGCAGCUCUAGACGAUUAUUCAGUAGUUCCGGCAAAGCGCAGCACUGAUGAUUAUAGUAAACGUGGCAAUGACUACCUAUCGACGUCUUCAUCAAAGCGUAUCUUAGACGACUAUGGUACAAGCAAAUCGUCACGGGAUGACUACAAGCGUGAAGUUGAAAUUCGACAUGUUCCCACCACAGGCAACAAUAGUAGCACUUCAUCAUUCCAUACAAGCCGCGAUGUCAGCUCAACCAUUCAUAAAGCCAGCGCUGGCCGUUAUAUGGACUCAGAUCGUUCCUCGGGAAGUUACCGGCGCGGUGGUAUCGACGAUUUAAGAUCAUCAGUGUCGAAUAAACGUUAUGACAACUCAAAUGGUUACGGCAGCUCCAGCAAUGGCAACAGUGUCUGGGCAUCCUCUACACAUUUGAGCGGCAGCUCAGGCGGAGGUGGUGUCAAAUCGUACACCGGCAAUGGCAUGUCUAGCAUCCACAGCAAUUCAACGUGGCAGAAAUCGGUAGAAGAUAACAACUGGCGCCCUAUGUCAUCCACGCAAGACCGCUUUGAUCGAACCUACAAUGAACGUUCCAAUAGCGGUUACACGUCCGGUGGAUUGUUUGGCAGUGGAGGACGCUAUGCUGGCCAAAUGUCGCGUUACUAAACCCAAUACCAUUUUGGCAUUUUCGAAAUGCCUUAUGCACUUUUUAAAGCUUUUUUUUAUUAGACAUUGCAAAUAAGUAUUUUCAAGCCUAAUAUGACCAUAGGCUAAUAUAUCAUUUAGCUGGAACAUUUUCGCAAGCCUUGGGGUUGUUCAAUGUUUUCGGAACAUUUUAUCACAAGUAUAGCGUAUGGUGAAUUAUAUCAAACAUUUAAUAGAGUAAUUCUUAGUAUUACAAGGCAAAAAUAACCUUGUCCGAUUCCAUCAAUACAAAGAGAGUAAAAGUAGAGGAUUGAAUUGUGUAGUAUCAAGAAUUUAGAAAUGGGUAGCUACAAAAAAACAAUGUUUGGCAGUAGUCAUUACGUCAUUGUAAGGCCCCCUUUUACUCUAUAUACCUUUUUCAUGUUUCAUUUUACUUGUAUUUCUA